UAAACGUGCCAUAAUGUCUUUAUCUGCAGUGGAAACCCAUUACUAAGGAAGCUGGUUCUCAAGAUUUGGACAUAAGCAGUGAGAAAUACGAGGGAACCAUUACCAAAAUAGCCCCAAAGAAAAGCCAAAGUCAAGAAAAAGUGAUGGACAACCAAGAGCCCACUUUGGGUCUCCUGGUCACCACAGUGGAGGGCACAGAGAAGCGCUUAUCUUUUAAGUCCGAUGACGUGAUCACAAAAGCCACCAUGAUGGUUGGUGACAAGGUCCAGUUCAACAUUUCCACCAACAGUGUAACUAAGGAGGAGUGUGCCGUCAACGUAGAGAUCCUGCCAGAAACUUUCCAGACAGAUUCUGAAGAGCAGCGCAAGAUAGGGCUUGUAGUCAAGAUGGAUGAUAAUUUUGGGUUCAUCAAGACACAACAGGAGCCACAGCUAUUUUUUGACAUAGGUGAGGUUAUGGAGGACACCAAACUCACUUUGUCUGAGAAGGUGGAGUUUACAUUAGUACCGAGUCAAGCAGCUGAAGGGGGAAAACAGGCUGUUAGAAUAAGAAGGCUAAAUGAAAGCGUCUUCACAUCUGCACCAAAGUUAGAGGCAUUUGGAGCAAAAGAGAAGAAGAAAAUGACUAUCAAAUUGCUGAAGGAUCCGAAAGACCAAAUCAAGGAGGGGGUCCAAACAGAGGACAAAGUCAGUGAAUCAGUGGAUGUAGACAAGCCAAACAAGGGAAAAAACAAGACUUCACAAUAUAUGUCAGCUGCUAAAGAUCUGAAGAAGGAAAGUGACAUUAAACAAGAAAGAGUACGGAGCAGAAGCAGGGAAAAUAGUCGACGUCGGAGCAGGAGCAGAAGCAGGGAAAAUAGUCGACGUCGGAGCAGGAGCAGAAGCAGAGAAAGUGGUCGACGCAGAUAUAGUCGCAGCAGAAGCCGGAGCAGAGACAGAAGUAAAAGCUACUACAGAAGGCACAGAAGCUCCAGCCGUGAGAGGAGGGACAGCCGAUACAGAUACAAACGCAGCCGCAGUCGGAGCAAAGAGCGCGGAGAGAGAUCCCGACGGAGUCGCAGCAGAAGCAGAGAAAGGAGCAGUCAGAGUGCUAGGAAGAGAAGCCGUAGCCCUGCCGACAAAUAUGAUCGCUAUUCGAAACAAAGUAGCAUUAAAGAUCCAAGUGACAAAAAGAAAGCUAAAAGCCCUGACAAUGUAGAGGAAGAAUUAUUGAGAAAAAAGAGAGAGCUAAUGGAACUCAACGAGCUGAUUGCACGUAAGAAAGCUAUUGUUGCUAUGGAGCACAAUGCAAAGAAAAUUGAACCUGAGGAUGGAAAAAGUGGAGUUACAACAUUUGAUUAUGAGCAUAUGCAUCACGAAAACAUUUGGAUGCCUGACCUAAAACCAGUGAAGUCCAUCUUGAAGAAACAGUCUGAACCUCACACUGAUUCUCAAUCUCAGGCGUCCGCAAGCAAGGAAACUGCAGCUCCUUUUGUAGAGAACGAAAGUCAAGAGAUGCAAAUAGGAUACCACCAACAGACUUGUGCUUUUGGCUCACAUACACCUGGCUACUCAACAUUUGAAAGCAUUGCUGAGAGGGCUUUGACCACUGCAGGGUCUGAAAAGACCUCUCUAACUCAGAUUCAGGAUUCAGAAUUGGUGAGAAAAAAGAAGCAGUUAGAAGAUCUCAGUGAGUCAAUAGCCCGAAAAAGAGCGAUAAUUGCCUUGGAACAGAAGGUCAAAGUUGUACAGGAAAUGCCUGAAAUGGAAGAACACGAGUUUGACUCACACAGAGAGGACCGAUUUGUAAUGUCUAAAGGGAACUUAUGGAGCUCUGAAAUAAAACCUGAUAUUCAACCGAAAAAGUCCAUUUUGAAGAAACGCUCCGAGAUCGUAGCAUCUCAGAGUGACAAAAUCUCAAUUGAUGAAUAUGGUCAGCCAAGUCAGGAUGAGUCUUCUUUUACAAAACCGACUUCUCAGAAGACAGCAAAUUUGCAAUCUAACAGGUCUUCAAAUCCACAACCCAUUCAUCCAGAUAUGUUGGGAUUAUUCAGCCGGAUCAUGAAUGCUUCUUCAGCAGCCUCACAAAGGUCUGAAACACCCCCUUUUAACAAGCCAGUUAUCCCACAGUCACUUACUCAGGCAUCCAGUUCAAGGUCUUUGCAUGACCAGAAAUCUUCUAGUCUGUCUAAAGGUAGCAACGCUCAUGACCAUCCUCCUAGCAGUAACCCUUCGACAAGUCAGACUUCACCAUCAGGUCAGAGGCGCAAUCUUACAACUCAAAUGGAGCGCUUCCUUAGUGCUCUCAACAAAGCUGACACCAGUGUUGUUAACUCAUUGUUUCAAGAGGCUAGAAAGGAUCUGGCUUUAAUAAACACCCAGAAACCCACUCAGCCUCAGUUAGAUAGAAACAUACCCUUCAUGGAUGAUGUAUAUGAUCCUUUUAAAGAAGAGGACGACCAUGACCAGCCUUCCCUAAUAGGUAAACAAUCUGGCCAAGAACGAAUGAAGACUGAGACCCGUUUGAAUGACCCCAGCAAAGAUGACCUCUUGCCUCAUGAAAGAGCUGUUCAGGAUGGUAGUGGCUUUUCUCGGCUUGUUGGAAUGAAGUACGGUGUGGACCCUACUGCAAAAGCUGAGAAGAAGAGUCCAUAUGGGCAUCUGAUGGUGUCAGAAAGCUGGAGUGCCCAUAAAGAAGAUCCAAAUCAGUUCUCUGAGCAGUGGAAUCAGUAUGAACAGGACACUGAUUUGUUUGCAACAGAACACAAAAAUUAUACAGAUGAAUGCAGUGUAUAUAGGGAGCGUAGUCAGUCUGUUGAGUACCAGGAAGUCAAUCCAAAUGUUCAGCAUUCUUAUGUAGUGGACAAAGAGAUGGCUGAUAGUAAGUUUGACAAAAGCUUAGCUCGUCAGGAGUCUGAAGAAAGCAGUGAAGAUAAAAACAGUAAGUCAGAGAACUUUGAAAAAAUUCAGAAUCUUCUUCAAACAAUAGGACUUCAUCUAGAUACAGCAGAGGUUAGCAAAUUAGCGGACAGGACGCAAGAGCGGUUGUAUGGUAAGACAAAAAAACCUCAUAGUGCACCUACUCACUCCUUUGAACAAAAAAGGGAGCGAUCAUUGAGUCAAACUGGGCAAAGGUGCAGUAGUAGUAGAGCAGAUUCCUCAGACUCUGAAGGCUUCCGAUCUGUUUCUCCAGCUCAGUCCUCAAAUCGUAAGGUUUACAUGAGUUAUAAGGACUCUGUAAAAUACAAAGACCAGCACAAAGUGGAAGAUGUAGACCUAACUAGCAUUAAGAGAACUGUAGUGAAUUUGAAACCAGCAACUGAUAAACAAGAUCCUAACGAACCCGAGCCGACCGCAGUUUCUGAAGCUUCGUACCAACCAAUGACCAUUGUAACCACAGUUCAGCCUGACACUUCCCAGAAUGCCCAAAAUUCCACCGUUUCCACCUUUGCAACUCCACAAUAUUCACAAUAUCAAAGUAGUAAUCAACAUGUUUGGGGUUCUGUGGCCCCUGGUCUGUACCCUUAUGGCACUGUACCUCCAUCCCCUUAUGCUAUGGGUCACCAACCAAUGGCGCCCCAUAUGAUGUCUGCUUAUAGUUCAUACACAGCACAAAUGGCCACUCCAUAUUAUGCACCUCCUCCAUUCCCCAUGCCUCAUCCCUAUGGUCCUCCACCUAUCUCCAACCCUCUCCACUUCUCCUCAAUGGCCUCUGCUUACUCUACCCAAGCGCCUAGUCAAAUCCCCACUGAAUCUGUUAAAACAAAGCCUGUUAGGUGCCUCAAAACAAUAGAAACAGUCCAAACAGUUCCAACACUUAAAACAGAGCCUGUCAGCGCACUUGUUACCAUAGAACCUAAAGAGGACAGUGAAGCAAAACAAACUUCAGAGGAAGCCAAGAAUGUACAGGUUGCUACCAUUACAGAAGAUGACAUCAAGGCUAAGCAGAAGAAACGGCUUGAACAGUUUAACCAGAGAAUGAAGCUGAAGAAAGAGCAGCAAAUGGAAGCCCAGCGUUCACGUGGACAAAAUCGGAAUUCAGCUCCAGGUAAAAGUAUCCCCAAUGAGAUAAAGAAUGUGUGGAUAUGUGGCCACUCUCUUGUGUUUUGGGCUGAGAAGAGGGCUACUUCCCCUGAGUAUGGCGUGCAGUUGGGCAUGCACCCAGACUCAGUGCGCAUCUGGUGGAAGGGCGUGCAGGGCAUGAUGUGGCAACAGCUUGUGCCUUUGCUGCUCCAGCUCAAAGACAACUGGCCCAAACCUGAUGUGCUUAUAAUCCACUUGGGUGGAAAUGACAUAAGCACGACUGAUCCAGAGGCCUUUAUUGAGACUGUAAAGAAAGACAUGACCUCGCUGAAGAGCAUAUUCCCUGAAUCCCUGCUUGUGUGGUCCAGCAUCCUUUCACGGCAGAUCUGGAGGGCUACAGAAGACAACAAAGAAAUGGACAUUAUCCGUAUGGCUAUUAAUGAGAGCAUAUGUGAAAUUAUGAAAGAACUUGGUGGCUCUGCAUUGAGCGACAGCAACAUAAGGCCAAGUUUGGGACUCUACAGACCAGAUGGGGUUCAUCUAUCGGGGAAGGGUAUUGAUACCUUCAAUCUAAACCUGCAGGCUUUUCUGGAGAAAUGGGAGAGUGAGACUAAUAAGACUGAGACAUCUGACGCAUCAGUUUGAAAUCCCAGAUAUUGUCAAUUGUUUUGUUUAGCAACUUGUACAGUGCCAUCUCUUUCUUGUGUAUCAUUUGUUGCUGUUUUGUUGCUUCAAAAUCGAUUGUAAUACAACCCAUGUAGAAUGAAUGCAGAUUUGUUUUCUAUACACAUGUAUAACAAAGUUUUUUGCAAGAAUGUUAGAUUUUAGUUUUUACUUGUCCUGUUUUAUACAUUCAGUUUAAUAACAAAUAAAAACAAGAAAAUUUAAAAUAUUCCAAUUUAA